AUGAGAAUCAAUCUCUCUAAAUACGAACAGUAUAUCUGGUCCACUGUCUUUCUUCUCCAGGCCUUGGUCAUCUUAGUUGGUAACGUUGUGGCGCUUAGGAUUUUCUUAAAACGAAAAUUCCUGAUCAACAAGUCCUGCUUCUUGUUAAUAAAUCUUACAUUCGCUGACUUAAUUGUUGGGUUGUCAUCUACUGUGAUUUGGUUUGUCGCAGUAGCCCAUCAUGGUGGAGGUCAAGAUCAUAUAAAUCUUAGUCGACUUUUGUUUUUGAUUCCAUUGGCUUCUUUGUUCUCUUUGGCUGUCAUUUCUAUUGAAAGAGCUGUGGCUGUUUUUAUGCCCUUCCGCCAUCGUGUGGCCAAUAAUCGACAUUAUUUCGCUGCAGUCGGAUUGUGUUGGGUUAUUUUUGCUGUACCUUCUAUUCUUGGUCCUCAUAUUCACAAUACCAAAUUCAAAGAUGUUCUAUACUUCCUCGUGAUCAUCUUUCUUCUUCUGAUCCUUACAGCAUCCUACGUGUCUAUCUACGUCAAAAUGAAAUUCUUUCCUACCCUAGAGCAAGGUAGAACCAGGCAGUGUCAGUUCAAGUUGUCAAAAACACUUUUCCUUACCACUGUGGCUUCAGUAAUAGCUUGGUUUCCUUUACCAAUAGUUCAGUGUUACACCUAUUUCUGUGACUAUCAUUGCAAAGGAGACGUUCUUGACAUUUGCAUCAUGUUAACGUUGGUAGCACAGCUUAGUAACUCAUUCCUGAACUUGGUUGUGUAUUCAUUUAGGUUGCCUGAGUUUAGGAAAGAAUUGAAGGCAAGCUUGUGCAGAUGUUUCAGAAGACAUAGAGUUCAUCCUAUUAGCAGGGCUGAUGCUUUUUGCCUUGAUACAAGUCGAGCCUUACGUACGGAAUAACGAGUCUCACAUAAUAUCGACUAAACAAGAUACUGAAAACCCUAGAGAGCAGCCAUUGCCAUUGGAUGCGAGUUUUAGCUGUUCGUUAACUUAAUCUAAAUGCAAGGAUGAACUGAAUAUUUCUUCUCCAGAGAAGAGGUCGUCGUACUCAAGUAGGAAUUCAGUAAAAGUUGCUCUAGCUUGAUGACUACAAGCCGAUUAAUAUAAGAAGCCCUUCCAAUUAUCAAU